AUGUUUCAGAGUGCAUCCUUGACGUCAGCUCAGCUGACUCCUUCGUUGUGCCUCCAGUCCAGGAAAUCAUUGGAGUACUUCCAUGCCUUGAAUUCUUCUUUGCUGGUUAAUAGAAUGGAACCUCAUCUUGUUGUGCUUAUUUUCCGUUUAUUUAUUGAUUCUUUCAGUCAUGAAAACCUUCAGAAUGAUCUCUGCCUCAUUUCCUUGAUGGAUGGGUUCCCCACAAACAUUAUAGCCAACUUCAAACGGCUAAUGGUGAGGCUAAUGUGA